CGGCGGCGGAGGAGGAGGAGAAGCCAGUCGCUCAGUUAGUUGAGCCCCUGGUCUCUCUUCACAGCGGAGUUAAGGAUUGCACUACGAUGUCAGCGGUGGCUCCUUUGCAGUAAGCACACCAAGGUUAUGCUGCCCAAAAGCUGUCUGAGUCCCAGCGAGAAAGAAAAAGGCUAAAGUCGCAUCGUCCCACGCCAGCUUCCCAGAGCCUCUUCUGCAGCACCUUCAGUGCAGCGCCAUGAGCAACCCCAGCGGUACCAACCACUUGACAGAAGCCGUGGCAUCAGUUAUUCAUAGUCCUGAGGCUGCUGCCGCCUCGUCGUUACGGGGGAAUCCACGGCCAGAAGCAGAGGAUGAUGGAGACCUUAACAAGGCUUUGGGGGUCCAGCGCUUCCAGCAGAUCCUCAGCCCUGCAGCCGCUGUUCCUGAUGACCAGCACCGCAACUACCACGAGGAGGACAUUGAAUACCACCGCCACUCCUCUCAUCACAUCCACCGGCCUCUGUCCAAACUGCCCUUGGAGGGGCGCAGAAAGAAGAGUGGCAAGAAAAAGAAAAAGGACAAAGACCACAGGAGCAGCACUAGUCCCAGCGGAGCCCCCAUAGAGGAGGGGGAGGAUGAGGAGGAUGAAGAUGAAGAAGGGGCUGACGACCAUGCCACCCCCUCCGAGUCGGAAGGAGCUAAAGACGUGCAGUUCUUUGUGUCUGAAGAAGACCCCCACGUGGCCAAGCCUGGCAGCGAGAGCCCCUAUCCGGCCCGUGAGUUGGACAUCAUACCGCAGUCUGCUGUGGGUGCAGACACUGACGACAGCACGUCCACAGAAAAGCUAGCUCCACCUGCCAGUCCCAGCCCCGCUCUCCCCACAGCGCCACCUGACCAUAUACCACUGACACGGGUCUCCUCCGCCAGCCGCAGCUACGACCUUCAGGAGCGCCGACGCACAGGCAACAUGACAGGUGCCGAGCAGGCCAAAUACCAGCGCAUCCCGACUGAUGAGAGCGAAGCUCAGACCCUCGCUUCAGCGGAUUUAGACGGUAUCAAAAGUCAUCGUUUUGAGGAUGUGCCCGGUGUUCGGAGACACCUUGUCAGAAAGAGCGGCAAAGGUCAGGUGGUGCACAUCGGCAAGGACCAUAAAGAGCCCAGCACCCGCAGCCGCAAACAGGACCGCACACCUCAUGAGGUCUUUGUGGAGCUGAACGAGCUGACCAUGGACAAGAACCAGGAGAUGCAGUGGAAGGAGACUGCUCGCUGGAUCAAGUUUGAGGAGGAUGUUGAAGAGGAGACUGACCGCUGGGGGAAACCUCAUGUGGCGUCACUCUCCUUCCGUAGCUUGUUGGAGCUGCGCAAGACCAUCUCUCACGGGGCAGUAUUGCUGGACCUGGACCAGAAGACUCUACCUGGCAUCGCCCACCAGGUGGUGGAGCAGAUGAUCAUUUCUGACCAGAUCAAGGCUGAGGAUCGUGCCAACGUCCUGAGGGCCCUGCUACUCAAACACAGUCACCCGAGCGAUGAGAAGGAGCAUAACAGCCCUUUCCCCAGGAAUAUUUCUGCAGCCAGCUUGGGAAGCCUGAUGGCCCACCACCACAGCACCAACCACAUCCACCAGCCAGAGCCCACCGUCACCGAUCCUCUGAUGGGCGGCACCAACAUAGCUGGGGAAACGGACACACGCAUUGACAUGGAGAAGAAUGAGAUGCAGAAGGAGUCCACCCCGUCCCUUGGCAUGCAUCGCUCAAAGUCCAAACACGAGCUGAAGCUGCUGGAGAAGAUACCAGAGAACGCUGAGGCCACGGUUGUCCUUGUGGGCAGCGUGGAUUUUCUGGAGCAGCCCACCAUGGCAUUUGUCCGGCUGCAGGAGGCAGUGGAGCUGGACUCUGUCCUUGAGGUCCCUGUGCCUGUCAGGUUCCUCUUUGUGCUGCUGGGACCACCCAGUACCAGCAUGGACUACCACCAAAUAGGACGCUCCAUCUCCACACUCAUGUCUGACAAACACUUCCACGAGGCGGCCUACCUCGCAGAUGACAGACAGGAUCUCCUCAACGCCAUCAAUGGCUUCCUGGACUGUAGCAUUGUGCUGCCCCCCUCAGAAAUGGGCGGGGACGAGCUUCUACACUCGGUAGCUCGCUUCCAGAGGGAGAUGCUUCGGAAGAGGGAGGAACAGGAGGUGAAACUGUUGGCUAAGGAGCCCAAGAGCCUCGAAGAUCAAGCCCUUAUCAUGCCACUGAAGAAAUCAGACGACCCCUUGGAACGCACUGGCCGCCCCUUUGGUGGGAUGAUCCGAGAUGUACGCCGCCGCUACCCGAAGUAUGUCAGCGACUUCAAGGACGCCCUGAAUGCUCAGUGCAUGGCCGCCAUUAUCUUUAUCUACUUUGCCGCCCUCUCCCCGGCCAUCACGUUCGGAGGCCUCCUGGGUGAGAAGACGGAAGGUCUGAUUGGUGUGUCUGAGCUGAUUGUGUCGACGGCAGUGCAAGGCGUGGUGUUCUGCUUACUGGGGGCUCAGCCACUCCUUGUUGUGGGCUUCUCCGGACCUCUGCUGGUCUUCGAAGAGGCUUUCUACUCUUUUUGCAAAGGGAACGAGUUGGAGUACCUGACGGGCCGGGUAUGGAUCGGGUUCUGGCUCAUCUUCAUCGUGGUCGUCACCGUGGCCUUCGAGGGCAGCUUCCUGGUCCGGUUUGUGUCCCGUUUCACCCAGGAGAUCUUCUCCUUCCUCAUCUCGCUCAUCUUCAUCUGUGAGACCUUCGUUAAGCUGGCCAGGAUUUUCAAGGAGCACCCAUUGAAACGCUGUUCCCUCAACAACAGCACAGAUGGAGACGCCGUCGGAGAAAAUAUCACACUUAUGCUAACCAACAGCAGCAAGCCUGUGACUGUGACGGUCAGAGGGGAGCCUAACACUGCGUUGCUUUCCCUUGUGAUGAUGGCGGGAACCUUCUUCAUCGCCUUCUACUUGCGCAAGUUCAGGAACAGCGCUUUCUUCCCAGGGAGGUUUCGCAGGAUGAUUGGAGAUUUUGGGGUACCCAUCGCCAUCCUCAUCAUGGUUUUGAUAGACUACAGCAUAGAUGAUACGUACACACAGAAACUAAGUGUUCCCAGCGGUUUCUCUGUGACAAGUCCAGACAAGCGUGGUUGGGUCAUCAGUCCCUUUGGUUCAGAUGGUCAGUUCCCCAUCUGGAUGAUGUUUGGCUGCUUGCUCCCUGCCCUUCUGGUCUUCAUCCUCAUCUUUAUGGAGACCCAGAUCACCACUCUGAUAGUGAGUAAGAAGGAGCGGAUGCUGGUGAAGGGAUCUGGUUUCCACCUGGACCUGCUGCUGAUUGUCGUGCUGGGCGGCAGCUCCGCUCUCUUCGGCCUGCCGUGGAUGGCCGCAGCAACCGUUCGCUCCGUAACCCAUGCCAACGCCCUCACCGUCAUGAGCAAGGCUGUUGCACCCGGAGACAAGCCACGUAUCCAGGAAGUGAAAGAGCAGAGGGUCACAGGGCUGCUGGUGGCAGUCUUGGUCGGGAUGUCCAUUGUUAUAGGAGACCUACUCCGUCAGAUCCCCCUGGCGGUGCUGUUUGGCAUCUUCCUCUACAUGGGUGUGAUGUCCCUCAAUGGCAUCCAGCUCACGGAGCGUAUGAUGCUGCUGCUCAUGCCUCCCAAGUACCACCCCGACCACACCUACGUACGCAAGGUACGCACGCUUAGGAUGCACCUGUUCACCUGCAUCCAGCUGGUGUGCUUGGCAGUGCUGUGGGCUGUUAUGCUGACCCAGGCGUCGCUGGCCUUUCCGUUUGUCCUCAUCCUCACCGUCCCCGUCAAGAUGUUCCUGCUCCCGCGCAUCUUCACCGUCAGAGAGAUGCUAUGUCUGGAUGCAGACGAUGCAGAGCCAAAGUUCGAUGAGAGAGAGUGUCAGGAUGAAUACGCGGAGAUGCACAUGCCCGUGUGACCUACGGCUUGCCCUCAUGCAUGACACCGCUUCCUCAAUGGACACCAAAAACCUGUCAAUCACUUUACUGACCAAUGAAAUGGAAGGGCUCGAUGACAAGAGCCUCACAAGCCAGAGAAACACUAAGAGGAAACGUUAGGCUACAUCACCUGUGCCCACUUCAUUCAACGCAGUUGCUGAGCGGUAAACGUACACUGGCUGACUUGUUAGGUGGUCAACAGUUUCUUCUGUAGCUUGGUCAAGCUCUGUCACUGUUUUAGGUCACAUCCCAGAAGAUUUCAUGGCCUCAGCCUACCUUUCCUUCACACGAAAAAAAAAAAAGGACUCUUGUUUUUGUUUUUUUGGUUUUGUCUUUUGGACUGGGAGUUGCUGGAACCGACACGGUGUCACUGUGUUCUGCAAGGGGGGGGGGCUUCCUACCCGUUUGAGAGCACUUGGUGGCAUGAGAACAGAUAAUCAGAUGUAGAGAUCAAGUGGUCUAACAGUUAGCCCGAGUACACAUUAUACAUUUCUUUUUAAACAUUUCAGGGGAAGAGAGAGAAUCCAAAUCUACCGAUGUUUUUUUUCAGGCUCUAAGUUAAACGCAUUUACAGUAGAUGGCUUCGUAGACGGUGGUUCAUUUUCAGCCCUGAAACAUCACUCUGAUUCACAUUGAAUAUGUGGAGGAUAUGUGGGAUACAUUCCUUAUUUAACUCACAGACGUGUUGUUGUUCAAGUUUGUCGCCUCUUCGUGUUUUUGCUGAUUUUAAAACCCCUUAAGCGCCUUAUGAAGGAAUUAAAAUGUAUACCCAGAACUUUUUUUUUCUUUUUCUAAUGUAAUUUUGUUUUGAACGUUUCUUUGGCAUCGACUUGGGCCUAUCAAAUACUCGGCUGUAAAAAUCAGUGUUGCCUCAGUUUGCCUCUCAAAUCAUGUUAUCUCUGGCUGAUGUUGGAGCUAACGCCACUGCCUUUACUGAUACUUGUGCGUGUCCAGCCUGAGCAGUGUAGACUAGACGGUAGUUGUGUGCACGGCUUUAUCACAUUAAGGCAAAAAGGCUCGACAUGACGUAGCCGGCUGGUGUAUUCUCUAACAACGUUGUUAUUAAUCAUAAUGAAAUUAAAUCAACAUUGAUUUCACCAGUAGAGGGCAAUGUUGAGAAAUUGUGCAGUCAUAGCAAACACAAUCAUGGGAAAAGCAACACAGUAUCGCUUUCUUCCUGCAGAGCUGUAUGUAGCGCCAUCAUAUCUUACUGAUGAGUAGACACUUUAACGUAGUGGCGUAGUAUGUAAAUCAUCUCAUUGGGUUAAUUAACCUUGCUGUUUGGCUCCUCCUCCUCCUCCUCUUGCUGAAUCGCCUCCCCGCCCCGCGCAGCGUAAUGUGUGUUUUGUGCCGUUCUCACCAAGUGUAGGUCUGAAGUGUAAGCUGAUGAGAGCAUUUUUUUUUUCUUUCGUCCAAGUGCCACAAUGUCUCAUGUAAAUAGUUUUGUUGUCAGAACAAUCAAUCAGUUCGGUCAUCUCAGCCCCGCAAGGUCCCAACCACACCCGGCCUUUCUGAAGUGUGCAAAAGGCAGUUCGGCAGGAGCUUUUAACUCUGGUUUUAACUUGCGACAUUCCACCACGUAGCACAAGUUCAUUUUUGCAACUUGUCCGUUUCAUUGACGACGUACAGAUUAAUCGUUAGGGGGGAAAAGUCAACAUUUAUUAGUAACUGUUGUCGACCAAACGUCCACACUCUGCGUAAACAGUCUCGGUACUCGUGCGGCGGUGAGGCUGGGCGCUUUUAAAAAGUGAUUUAUUUUCACAAAUCGAAUCAUGUCUGACGUAAGAGUAACGAAUGUGUCGGUUUUAGCUAAUUUGGUCAAAUUCUGCUCUGUGGUCCUCCGUUAUUCUCCAGUGGAUGUGUCCCCGAGAUCACUUCUCACCUGGGUCUAAACGGACCCGUCCCAGCUCAGCGUCGUUGUUCCCGUGUUGUGUUUUUGUGCCUUUUUCGGUGUCACCAAGUUGCAGAUAAUCAAGUGCCACCGCUGGUAUGUACCGUAUCACACGCACAGCCCAAUCCCAGAGGUUGUUUUGUUAUGCUGUAACCCCGCGGGACCAGGGAAUGGUUAGAUUACACACCUCUGUAGUUUUGAAGGACGACAUGCUUUAAAAAUAGCUUGCACUUUUUUUUUUUUUUUUGAGACGCACAUAAAUCUGACUUUCCACCCUACAGCGUUUGCCUGUCAUGUUACACUUCAUUAUCGCUCGUCUUUCAGAACACAUCAUGAAGGAUUUUUCUUUAUUUCUGUUUUUUUUUUUUUUUUUUUAAUUCCAACAUACGAAGAAGCAUUUUUACAGCGGAUGGCUGCAUCGUGGCCAUGCACAGCGAUGCAGCAUAUUUAUGAAGAGGUGGCGUGCAAAGUCAGUUUUAUAUUUGUUUAAUGUGCCUUUGAGUGUGGAAUAAAGCUAUGUGAUCUGUUUGACUCAUAUCAAAUGCUGACACGGUGUAUUGUUCAGUCUCGAAAAGCAAUAUAAGGUCUAUUGAUUCAUUGCUGGUGUUCCCUUGUAUAUAAAUGGUUCAAAUAUUGAUGACAAAUAAAGUUAAUUUUCUAUUUAUCCCGGCAAUGGUUUCGUCAUGUUUUC